UUAGUCAGUGUGGACGCAGUAUUGUGUUGUGGACAGGUGUACGAGUCAGUGUUCCAUGUCCUAGACAGGCACAGACAUGUCGCCACUACUGGUGACUGUGUGUCUGUUUACUUUUCAUUUCACUGUUGUUUUGUGUGCCUCUUCUAUUGUUUUCCCUGAUGAAGAAAUCGAUCAAAGCCCUUCAAACAUUAGUGAAAAACUUAUAGAGUGUCUCACAGAUGAGUUUAAAAUUGAAUUUAACGGAGAAUGUCGCUCAUUAUUAAAACCCGACUCAAAUGUUUGUCCAGAGGGACAGUGGAUAGUUUUGGAUCUCUCAGCUGCGUCUUUACCUAACCCAGUGAUAAGGGGGAAAUGUGCGCUACAGAAAUGUCCCUCGCAGAUGCAUUACUUUUUGAGCCGACAAAGGUGCAUCCAUGAAAACCAAAGUUCGUCUGUUUGCCCAGUAGGUAAUGUUGCAGACACAGACUUUUUUGGUGAUGGGUUUUGUAGCUGUAUCAAGUCACCUGUUCACAUCAAAGAUGAAAAAUCGGGAAAAUGUUAUCAAGCGUACAAAAGAGGACCGUGUCCUAAAGGACAAGUGUGGGUUGUGGGGGGUUGCCGGUUAGAUAACUGCACGACGACUCGGACUCGCUUUCCAAAUAAAACAAUCGUUACGUGGAGUGACGGCAAGUGCUACGCUGUGAACGAACAAGGUCCAUGCAAGGAUGGUUAUGAUGUUAGCAUCAACGUUCACACUCAGACUCCUGAAUGUGUGGAUCGACUUACAUCCCUGACUCUUGUGGAUCCUCCGUGCUCAGGCGCUAGUCACUCAGGACAAUGCACCAAGCCUGUCAGUUCACCACAGUCUAUCUUCUACUCCCAAGUGGCGUCGCAGGUCCACAAAAAACGGCCCUGACUAUAGUGUGACUUCAGUUAUAUGGUGAUUUAAAAGUGAAAAAUCUCAUCUCAUAAACUGAUACAGUAUUUUACAGUGGGAGUAAAACUAUAUGUGAAUUGAUUUUUUUAUUUAUUUGACACUAUAUGUUUCAAUACUAAUAAUCUACAGGU